AUGACAGCGACGUUGCCGCUGGUGUGGGAGCACGCGCUGGAGUCGAGCAUGCUUGUACACAACGCAACGUACAUACAGGCAAGCACUAUGCAGCUAAACACAUGCUACUUUGUCUUGUGGUGCGAGCCGGAGCAGAAGGAAGAGAUGGCUGUGACGAUCGGCUCGCAGCGUCAGGCACAGCUGCGGGAGCGUGGGCUGAAGGGGGUUGUGUACUGCCGGAGCAAGACGCUGUGCGAGGACAUGGCAGCCGCGCUUGGCUGUGCGUUUUAUCACGCAGGUGUUAAGGACAAGGAAAAAGCGGAGAAGCUGGAGAGGUGGGAGCAAGAGGGCGGGCUGAUGGUAGCAACGUCUGCGCUGGGCACUAGUGUAGACUACCUGGGGAUUGUGUACAUCUUGCACGUGGGCAUGCUGUGGAGCAUGAUUGACUACGCGCAGGAGAGCGGGCGAGGCGGGAGAGCAGGCGAAGCGGUGGAUUCGGUGAUACUGGUGGGGCACAGCAAGGUAGAGCAGACGCUGGCCGUGCAGCCAGACAACAUCAACGUGUUGGCGAUAGGGCUUUUUAUUGUUGGCAGCGGCUGUUGGCGGCUGCUGAUGAGUUGGUACAUGGACCGGAUUGGGGUAAGCUGCAGCGACUUGGAGGGAGCGGCUGGCUGCGACCGGUGCGGAGACGGGGUCCGGCCGUGGCUGGACGAGCAGCAGAGGCACGGGCGCGAAUGGGGGCAGGUGGAGCAGCUGUUUAACGAGCUGCGGGCUGGGUGCGUGGCGUGCUGCAUGAUAGACGAGGCGGGCAGCGAGGCGUGGCGUUAG